AUGGCCUCCUUCAUUCCGAAUCUUCCGUCCGUCGCGCGACACGUCGAUCUGAAAUUUCGAUCCGCGUUGUUGUUGAGUCAGUUGUUCACAAAGAGUUGGGGACAUCCCGAUGUUAUUAAGCAAAUGGCGAAAUACCGUCGAGACGUGAUGUCGAAGCGGCUCGUGAUGGAGUACGUGAAAGAGCUCAACCCGAAAAUCGAUCUCGUCCGUAAAUCGACAAAAAACGGUGUCACCGCGUACGAGGGAUUCUUCACAAGUCCUCACGCCACCCUAUUUCCCGAUCAUAUGCCCGGUAAUGUUGGACGGGCUCACUUUAGGGCGUGGCUUCCCGAGCGACCGAGUCCAGUGUGCAUUCAUUUGGCAGGCACGGGAGAUCACUCGUAUUUUAGACGCCAAUACCUCCUCGUAGAAGAUAUGCUCAAAGAUGGUGUCGGCUCCAUCUUGGUGCAAAACCCGUUCUACGGCGACCGAAAACCACCGAAUCAAUUCCGAUCCUCCCUGGAAAACGUGACGGAUCUAUUCGUGAUGGGCGCCUCGCUCAUCGCCGAAUGCAAUCAUCUAUUCAACUGGGCGGAGACUCUCGGCUACGGACCGUUUGCCAUUUCCGGAGUAUCGAUGGGCGGUUUCAUGGCGCAACUCGCCGGUUCUAACUCGCAACGACCCAUAUCGAUUAUUCCGAUUCUCGCGUGGACCACUGCGGGGCCGGCUUAUACGGAAGGAGCGAUCGCGCCGGCUGUCAACUAUAAGCUACUGCAGAAACAGCUGGAAGAUCCGCAUUAUGUUGAGAAAUUAAAGAGAAUUCCCAAUCAGAAUUGGCUCGAUAAAAUGCACGAGAUGACGGCGAGAAACGGCGAUUCCGAAGCGAAGAAUAUGAUGCGGAUUCUGAUGGACGAUUUCACGAGUCUCGAGAACUACCCGACGCCCCUAGACACCUCACUGUGCCACGUAUUCCUGGCGGAUCAAGAUCAAUAUGUGUUGAGAAAUCAGGGAACGCCGAGCUACGAGCAGCUAUGGCCAAAUUGCACUGUGGAAAUGAUGGAGGGAUUCGGACAUGUGACUGCGUACCUAUUGAAACAUGAUCUCUGGAGAAGACGAAUCAAUGAGCUGCUUCGGAGACAGCAGCAGAAGGAGAAGAAAUAA